UGGGGGGGAAGAGAGAAAAUGUUUUGUACUGUUUAUCCUGACGUCAGUUAGUACGGCUUACACUACUGCCGUUGUCUCGCACCCACGUUUCAGCAAGAAUUCGGGAAUCGAUAGGCUGGAGUCCACAACUUGCAGAUCGGUCCUCGAGGAGUCACUGAAAUGAUUUCUGCAGCUAUUCCAAACUGGACUAAAACAGCACAAUGAACACCUGCGCUUUUCUGCUGCUCCUGGCCGUUCAAAUCUACGCCGAAGGCAUAGAGGGACCAACAGCAGCAGGCUGCACCUUUGAUGAGGAUUCUGAGCCCAGUCUGUGUGACUUCACCCAAGGCGAGGACGAUGACUUUGACUGGCAGCUCUUCCGGACACACAACUCGCCCUACGCCUCUUCUGACCUCCUGCGUGGUUCCUAUAUGCUGGUGAACUCUUCCCAGCAUGCUGCAGGGCAUCGCGCCCAGCUCCUGCUGCAGACGCUGAGUGAAAACGACACACACUGCGUCCAGUUCAGCUACUUCCUGUACAGCCGCGAUGGCCACAGUCCAGGGGCACUGCGGGCGUACGUUCGGGUCAACGGCGGCCCGCUGGGUAGCCCAGUAUGGAACACGACGGGGUCCCACGGACGACAGUGGCACCAAGUGGAGCUGGCUGUCAGCACCUUCUGGCCCAAUGAGUACCAGGUCCUGAUCGAAGCGACUGUUUCCAGGGAGCGGCGAGGCUACAUCGCCAUGGAUGACAUCAUGCUCCUGACCUAUCCCUGUUAUAAGGCGCCCCACUUCUCCCGGCUGGGAGAUGAGGAGGUCAACGCUGGGCAGAAUGCCACCUUCCAGUGUGUGGCAUCGGGCCGGGCCUCGGAAGCUGAGAAGUUCCUACUGGAGAGGCACAGUGGGGACGUGAUAUCUACAGCCUUGGUCAAGCACCUGAGUCACCGGCGCUUUGUGGCAUCAUUCCAGGUGGACAGUGUACAGCGCAACGACCAGGACCUGUACCGAUGUGUCACCCAGUCCGCCAGGGGCUCUGGGGUCUCCAACUUCGCUGAGCUCAUCGUCAAAGUUCCCCCCUCCCCUAUCGCGCCCCCACAGCUGCUGCGAGCGGGCUCCACAUAUCUGAUCAUCCAACUCAACACCAACUCCAUCCUGGGAGAUGGCCCUAUCAUCAGGAAGGAGAUUGAGUACCGGGCUAGCCAAUCACCUUGGUCCGAGGUCCAUGGGGUCAACAUGGUCACCUACAAGCUGUGGCACCUGGACCCAGACACGGAGUAUCACAUAAGUGUGUUGCUGACCCGGCCCGGAGAGGGCGGCACCGGACCACCCGGACCACCCCUCAUCAGCAGGACUAAGUGUGCAGAACCAACACGGGCCUUGCGAGGUCUCACAGCCUCAGAGAUCCAGUCCAGGCAGCUGACCCUGCAGUGGGAGACGCUGGCCUACAACUUGACCCGCUGCCACACCUACUCUGUGUCCCUGUGCUACCGCUAUGCCACCGCAGGGGGCGGCGGCGGGCACAACACUACUGUGCGCGAGUGCCUGGCGGUGGAGCACAAUGCCUCACGCUUCACCCUGCGCGACCUGCCGGCCUACCACUCCAUCCGGGUCCGUCUGGCGCUUGCCAACCCCGAGGGCAAGAAGGAGGGUCGGGAGUUCACCUUCCAGACUGAAGAGGACAUUCCCGGUGGCAUCACCCCUGAAUCGCUGACCUUCACCCCCCUGGAGGACAUGAUUUUCCUCAAGUGGGAGGAGCCAGUGGAACCCAAUGGUCUCAUCACCCAAUACGAGAUCAGCUAUCAGAGCAUUGAGUCGUCUGACCCGGGAAUCAACGUGCCAGGACCUAGGAGAACAGUGGCGAAGCUGAGGAACGAGACCUAUCACAUGUUCUCCAACCUUCACCCUGGCACCACAUAUCUGAUUUCUGUCCGCGCCCGCACAUCCAAGGGCUUCGGCCAGACCGCCCUAACUGAGAUCACCACCAACAUUUCAGCUCCUAUGUUUGACUAUGGAGACAUGCCGUCCCCUCUGAGUGAAACAGAGAGCACGAUCACUGUGUUGCUUCGCCCCGCCCUGGGCAGGGGAGCACCCGUCAGUACGUACCAGGUUGUGGUAGAGGAGGAGAGUGGCAGGAAGGUGAAGAGGGAACUGGGGGUUCAGGACUGUUUCCCUCUGCCUAUGUCCCAUGGGGAGGCCCAAGCCAGAGGGACCCCCCACUACUACACGGCCGAGCUGCCUCCCAGCAGCCUGCCUGAAGCCAGCCCCUUCACAGUGGGGGACAACCACACCUACAAUGGCUACUGGAACACCCCGCUGGACCCCCGCAAGAGCUACCUCGUCUACUUCCAGGCCAUGAGCAACUUCAGAGGGGAAACCAGAAUAAACUGCAUCCGAAUAGCCCGGAAAGCGGCCUGUAAGGACCACCGACGGGCUCUGGAGGUUUCCCAACACUCAGAGGAGAUGGGGCUGAUCCUGGGGGUGUGUGCUGGGGGCCUGGUGGUGCUCAUCCUGCUCCUGGGGGCCAUCAUCAUCAUCAUCAGGAAGGGAAGGGACUACUACUCUUACUCUUACUAUCCGAAGCCAGUGAACAUAAAUAAGACCCCCAUAACGUACCGUCAGGAGAACAGUCACAUGGGAUCGAUGGAGCGCAGUUUCACUGACCAGAGUACCCUGCAGGAGGAUGAGCGCAUGGCCCUCUCUGCAGCACGCAUGGCACACACCUGCAGCACGCGCAGUGAGCAGCGUAGCUCAGUGAACGAGUCCAGUAGUCUUCUGGGGGGUUCGCCGCGACGCCAGUGUGGGCGUAAGGGCUCACCCUACCACACUGGUCAGCUCCACCCUGCUGUGCGCGUGGCCGACCUUCUCCAGCACAUCAACCAGAUGAAAACUGCAGAGGGCUACGGCUUCAAACAGGAGUAUGAGAGCUUCUUUGAUGGCUGGGACUGCACCAAAAAGAAGGACAAAACUAAAGGAAGGCAUGACACGUUGAUGGGAUGUAAGUCAUCAUGGACAUGCCAGCCCUCUUGUGACGAAAGCACUGAUCACCACGACCGCCACAGAGUCAAGCUCCACCCACUCCUGGGAGACCCCAACUCCGACUACAUCAACGCCAACUACAUAGACAUUCGGAUUAACAGGGAAGGCUACCAUCGAUCCAAUCACUUCAUAGCCACUCAGGGGCCCAAACAGGAGACGGUGUAUGACUUCUGGAGGAUGGUGUGGCAGGAGAACUGCUUCAGCAUCGUCAUGAUCACUAAACUGGUAGAGGUAGGCAGGGUGAAAUGCUGUAAAUACUGGCCCGAUGACAGUGAGAUGUAUGGAGACAUCAAGAUCACGCUGCUGAAGACGGAAACACUCUCAGAGUACACCGUUCGUACUUUUGCCAUGGAGAGGAGGGGCUACUCAGCUAAACACGAGGUGCGUCAGUUCCACUUCACGUCCUGGCCGGAGCAUGGGGUUCCCUACCACGCCACAGGCCUGCUGGCCUUCAUACGUCGGGUCAAAGCAUCCACUCCCCCUGAUGCCGGACCCGUGGUCGUCCACUGCAGUGUGGGAGCGGGCCGCACAGGCUGCUACAUCGUGCUGGACGUCAUGCUGGACAUGGCCGAGUGUGAGGGCGUGGUGGACAUCUACAACUGUGUCAAAACCCUCUGCUCCCGACGCAUUAACAUGAUCCAGACAGAGGAGCAGUACAUAUUCAUCCACGAUGCCAUCCUGGAGGCUUGUCUGUGUGGAGAGACGGCCAUCUUGGUGAAUGAGUUUGCCAUCACCUACAAAGACAUGCUGCGGGUGGACUCUCAGAGCAACUCCUCCCAGCUACGAGAAGAGUUCCAGACGCUGAACUCGGUCACCCCUCACCUGGACGUGGAGGAGUGCAGCAUCGCCCUGCUCCCCAGGAACCGGGAGAAGAACCGCAGCAUGGACGUGCUGCCGCCCGACCGCGCCCUGGCAUUCCUGGUCACCACCGAGGGCGAGAGCAACAACUACAUCAACGCGGCACUGACUGACAGCUUCCACCAGCCCGCCGCCUUCAUCGUCACCCCUCACCCGCUCCCCGGCACCACCGCCGACUUCUGGAGGCUGGUGUUCGACUACGGCUGCACCUCGGUGGUCAUGCUCAACCAGCUCAACCAGUCCAACUCUGCCUGGCCCUGUGUCCAGUACUGGCCAGAGCCUGGUCUACAGCAGUAUGGGCCAAUGGAGGUCGAGUUCCUGUCCACGUCAGCUGACGACGACGUCAUCACUCGUCUGUUCCGUGUCAAAAACGUAACAAGACUCCAGGAGGGCCAGCUGGUGGUGUGUCAGUUCCAGUUCCUGCGCUGGUCAGCCUACCGCGACGUGCCCGACUCCAAGAAGGCCUUCCUCGGCCUGCUGGGUCAUGUGCACAAGUGGCAGAGGGAGUGUGGAGAUGGCCGCACCGUUGUCCACUGCCUGAGUGGCGGUGGGCGCAGUGGGACAUUCUGUGCCAGCACCAUCCUGCUGGAGAUGAUCCAGUACCAGAACAUGGUGGACAUCUUCUACUCCGUCAAGACGCUCCGCAACUCCAAACCCAACAUGGUGGAGUCACUGGACCAGUACCGAUUCUGCUACGACCUUAUCCUGGAGUACUUGGACUGCAUAGAAGAUAGCAUGAGAUAGCAAUGUUCCGUAGCUGGUGCAUCUCGUGGGCUGUGACUGCUGACUGGGUUACAUACCCUGUGACCCCCCCUCAACAUUUACUUUAUUGUUUGGAUUAAUGGGCCUAAACUGUUGUGAAGGACAACAAUAGAAAAAAAUCUAAAAGGGGGAAGUGCUCCUCACUUUUAACCCUUAAAUGUAUAGCUGUGUUUUCGUUCAUUCUAUUGUUGAUGUUGUUGUUUUCAUUUCUGAUUCUUUCAGCUUUGUUUUUUGUGCGUUUUUGGUCUUUGCCUCUACGCGAGCUUUUUUGUGCUAAAUGUUUCUGUGUCGUCAACGAUGGAGAAACAUGAGUGAGUACAAAGACCUGUGGAGAGGUCGCCCUGCCUUUCAUCAUUUUCUUCAAACAUGAAUGGCCUGGACAGUUUUUUUUGUCUUGCUAAAAACAGAAUUUGACUCUCUAUAUGAAAGUGGUCCAGGUUUCUCCAAGAGCCACAGCAACUGCAGUGUACUGUGGUGAAUACAAGAUAUCUCUACCACAAACUGCCUUACCGUUCCCUAACACUGGGGAAGAUAUAGUACAACUCAAUUGAAGGAUUUCAAUGGGCUACGUGAACAACAAUGCUUUGUGUAACAAAUUUGGCAGUGCUAUGAUAAAUAGAUGAGUCAUUGAGACAUAGGAGGAUGAAGUACAAUUUGAUGUGUUUGCCGCUUUUUGUGAUGGACCUACCUGUAUGUCAUAAGACUGAUCGAAUUCCCAUCAAAAGGGAUGCCUAACCUGUCACUUAAUUUAAUCGUGCCAAUCCCACAGACUGACUUGAAUCAUGUCUUCCAUUUGUUCUCCUCCUUCAUGUUGAUACAUGUAUAGUGCAUUCUGAAAGUGUUCAGACCCCUUGACUUUGUCCACGUUUUAAUCUGUUACAGCCUUAUUCUAACAUGGAUUACAUAAUUUUUCCCCUCAUCAAUCUAGACACAAUACCCCAUAAUGACGAAGCAAAAACAGUAAAAAAAAUAUAAAAAAACCUUUGACCUCAGGUGCAUCCUGUUUCUAUUGUUCAUCCUUGGAAUGUUUCUACAACUUGAUUGGAGUCCACCUGUGGUAAAUUCAAUUGAUUAGACAUGAUUUCGAAAGGCACACACCUGUCUAUAUAAGGUCCCACAGUUGACAGUGCAUUACAGAGCAAAAACCAAGCCAUGAGAUCGAAGGAUUUGUCCGUACAGCUCAGAGACAGGAUUGUGUCGAGGCACAGAUCUGAGGAAGGGUACCAAAACAUUUAUGCAGCAUUGAAGGUUCCCAAGAACACGGUGGCCUCCAUCAUUCUUAAAUGGAAGAAGGUUGGAACCAUCAAGACUCUUCCUAGGGCUGGCCGCCCAGGACAAACUGAGCAAACGGGGGAGAAGGGCCUUAGUCGGGGAGGAGACCAAGAACCCAAUGGUCACUCUGACAGAGCUCCAGAGUUCCUCUGUGGAGAUGGCAGAACCUUCCAGAAGGACAACCAUCUCUGCAGCUUUCCACCAAUCAGGCAUCUAUGGUAGAGUGGCCAGACGAAUCAGGCAUCUAUGGUAGAGUGGCCAGACGGAAGCCACUCCUCAGUAAAAGGCACAUGAAAUCCCGCUUGGAGUUUGUCAAAAGGCACCUAAAGACUCGCAGGCCCUGAGAAACAAGAUUUUCUGGUCUAAUGAAACCAAGAUUGAACUCUUUGACCUGAAUGCCAAGCGUAACAUCUGGGGGUAACCUGGCACCAUCCCUACGGUGAAGCAUGGUGGUGGCAGCAUAAUGCUGUGGGGAGGUUUUUCAGUGGCAGGGACUGGGACGCUAGUCAGGAUUGAGGGAAAGAUUAACGGAGCAAAGUACAGAGAUUCUUGAAGAAAUCCUGCUCCAGAGUGUUCACGACCUCAGACUGUGGUGAAGGUUUAGCUUUUAUCGGGACAACGACCCUAACCAAACAGCCAAGACAGCGCAAGAGUGGCUUCAGGAUAAGUCUCUGAAUGUCCUUGAGUGGCCCAGCCAGAGCCUGGACCUGAACCCGAACGAACAUCUCUGGAGAGACCUGAAAAUAGCUGUGCAGCAACGCUCCCCAUCUAACCUGACAGAGCUUGAGAGGCUCUGCAGAGAUGAAUGGGAGAAACUCCCCAAAUACAGGUGUGCCUAGCUUGUAGCUUCAUACAUAAGAAGAUUUAAGGCUGUAACCGCUGCGAAAGGUGCUUCAACAAAGUACUGAGUAAAGGGCCUGAAUAAUUAUGUAAAUGUGAUAUUUCAGUGUUUUAUUUGUAAUAAAUUUACAAAAAUGUCUAAAAACCUGUUUUUGCUUUGUCAUUAUGGUGUAUUGUGUUUAGAUUGAAGAGGGGGGAAAACAAAUUAAUCCCUUUUAGAAUAAGGCUGAAACAAAAUGUGGGAAAAGUCAGGGGGUCUGAAUGCUUUCCGACGGCACUGUAUUGGUAAAGCCACUGUUCUACGUGUGGAUGUGUUCAAUAUGAUGAUCCCCUUAUGCAGUGGUCUUGAAAGCAGUGCAGUUGUACAGAUAGAUUUAAGAGGCCGAGUCAUUAGAGAAAGAUGUAUAAGACAUGUAAAGAGUUAAAACUGCCACUUCAUCUGUGACCACUUGUCUAUAUGGGCAGUCCUUGCAGGACAUCUGUGUUCUCUAUCAUUUGAUGUGGUUUGACUCCCAGAUAGGAAUCCCUAAAGGGAAUGUAAUUGAAGUGAUACUCAAAUACAUUUAAAUAUAAAUUGGACCAAGCUUCAUAAAUGUGCUCUUUUUGUGUACCAUAGUGUAUUUAUCUACCAUGUUGGUCAAGUACUGUACGGUGUGUGCCACACAUCUAAUUUGUCCAAUAUGUUUUACUGUGCUGGGGACUCCAUUGAUGUUCACACCAUGCGCCGUUGUUAGAGUUAAAUAAACAGGGGGAGUGGAAAACCUGCUUUUCCCCAAUCAGGACCUUGUUCCACAAUAUAGACUGGUGUAGCUAACCCAUUAGCCCCUGUCUGUAUGAAAAUACACAGCUCGUAUAUGCAUGUUGGAAUGUGUAGCCUAUUAUAUGAUCUGUGCUGAGACACUCAACUUAAAUGAAAAGUGCCCAUAACCCAUAGAACACUAACAUGAAGCAAAUCCCCUUUGGUGGCUAAAUCAAGUGUCAGUAAACCAGUAUUUCAGCCUCCACUAAUGCCCAUUAAGUGAGAACAUAAGUAGUUCUCUAUAUAUUGCUUUUUCUGCAGAUGAUCUCAGGGUCUUACUGUGCUGUAAUCGUGGUGCAAAUGUCACUCCUAUUGACCAGGAGUUCCUCCUCCUCUAAAAAGCCCUCUCCUGGGGACUGGGACCUUACAAUGAGUGGCAUUCACCCCUACCACGGCAGCUAAGACAGACCCAGUCCCUGCUGGUUCUUAAAUCCACGGUCUGGUCAAAGCACCAGGAUGGAGGAAGUAGAGAAAGAGACAGUAUUCCAGACCCCAACAGGGUCUUAAAAAUCUGACAGAUGUGCAUCUUCUUCAUGCAAAACUGGAUUAGUAAAAUGGUGAGGUUUGCUAGUGCAGUGCUUCCUGGGUUCUGUUGGCCACUUCAUGUACAAAAGGCAACAUUGCUCGUCUUUGGAAUCCCUGGACUACAAAAGAAAGUGCCUGGACACUUAUUUGAGGUUUGAGAGUGUACGUGUACAUAUCGAUGUAUAUUUACUGUAUGUUCUGUGAAUAAUUCCUAUCUGUUUGCCCAGAGUAAAGAUGUACAGUAAGUGACCACAAAGCUGAAUGUACUGUACAUGAUCAUCAUUCUAGUCCCGUCUAUACUUGGUUCGAACUUGCAUCUUUAGUCCUGAUCUUGUCUACAUUCUGAUUGUGCCCACAUUUUGUGACAGGUGUAGACGACCAAAAGACACAUUGUGAAUCAGAUCAUCCUGCCAACCUCAGGAGGUAGUCAGACACAAUCUAUCCGUAACAGAGAAACCAUUUAAAUCAUAAUUAGUCAUCAAUCAAAUUUAUUUAUGAAGCCCUAUUUACAUCAGCCGAUGUCACAAAGCGCUGUACAGCAACCCAGCCUAAAACCCCAAACUGCAAGCAAUGCAGAUAUAGAAGCACGGUGGCGAGGAAAAACUCCCUAGAAAGGCCAAAACCUAGGAAGAAACCUAGAGAGGAAACAGGCUCUGAGGGGUGCCCAGUCCUCUUCUGGCUGUGCCGGGUGGAGAUUAUAACAGAACAUGGCCAAGAUGUUCAAACGUUCAUAGAUGACCAGCACGGUCAGAUAAUAAUAAUCACAGUGGUUGGUCAGCACCUCAGGAAUAAAUGUCAGUUGGCUUUUCAUAGCCGAUCAUUCAGAGUUAGAGACAGCAGGUGCGGUAGAGAGGGAGUCCUAAACAGAAGGACCUGGACAAGGUAGCACAUCCAGUGAACAGGUCAGGGUUCCAUAGCCGCAAGCAGAACAGUUGAAACUGGAGCAGCAGCAUGACCAGGUGGACUGGGGAUAGCAAAGAGUCAUCAGGCCAGGUAGUCCUGAGGCAUAGUUCUAGGGCUCAUGUCCUCCUAGUGAAGAGAGAGAGAAAGAGAGAGAGAAGGAGAAGACGAGAGAGAGACACAGGACACUGGAUAAGACAGGAUAAAUACUCCAGAUAUAACAGACUGGCCCUAGCCCCCCAACACAAACUAUUGCUGCAUAAAUACUGGAGGCUGAGACAGGAGGGGUCGAGAGACACUGUGGCCCUGUCCGUCGAUACCCCCGGACAGGGCCAAAUAGGCAGGAUAUAACCCCGCCCACUUUGAUAAAGCACAGCCCCCACACCACUAGAGGGAUAUCUUCAACCACCGACCUACUACCCUGAGACAAGGCCGAGUAUAGCCCACGAAGCUUCCAGAAAAUUGGAACGGAAAUGGCACCACACCAAACUGGAAGUCUUCCGACUCGCUUGGAAAGACAGUACCGUGCAGUACCGAAGAGCACUGCUGCUCGAUCAUCCUAUUUUUCCAACUUAAUUGAGGAGAAUAAGAACAAUCCAAAAUGUAUUUUUGAUACUGUCAGAAAGCUAGAGAGGGAGGAUGGGAUGGCUUUCACUUCAGCAGUGAUAAAUUCAUUAACUUCUUUGACAAAAAGAUCAUGAACAUUAGAAAGCAAAUUACGGACUCCUCUUUAAAUCUGCGUAUCUCUCCAAAUCUCAGUUGUCCUGAGACUGCACAACACUGCCAGGACCUAGGAUCAAGGGAGACAUUCAAGUUUUUUUUAUACUAUAUCUCUUGACACAUUAAUGAAAAUGGUCUUGGCUCUAAAACUUCUAGCUGCAUACUUGACCCUAUUCCAACUAAGCUACUGAAAGAGCUGCUUCCUGUGCUUGGCCCUCCUAUGUUGAACAUAAUAAACGGCUCCCUAUCCACCAGAUAUGUACCAAACUCACUAGAAGUGGCAGUAAUAAAGCCUCUCUUGAAAAAGCCAAACCUUGACCCAGAAAAUAUAAAAAAACUAUCGGCCUAUAUCGAAUCUCCCAUUCCUCUCAAUUAAAAAAAUUAAUAAAUAUGUUGCGCAGACACUCACUGCCUUCCUGAAGACAAACAAUGUAUACGAAACGCUUCAGUCUGGUUUUAGACCCCAUCAUAGCACUGAGACUGCACUUGGGAAGGUGGUAAAUUACCUUUUAAUGGCGUCAGACCAAGGCACUGUGUCUGUCCUCGUGCACCUAGACCUGCUUUUGAUACCAUCGAUCACCACAUUCUUUUGAUACCAUCAAUCACCACAUUCCAUCCACAGAGAGAUUGGAAACCCAAAUUGGUCUACACGGACAAGUUCUGGCCUGGUUUAGAUCUUAUCAGAAAGAUAUCAGUUUCUCUCUGUGGAUGGUUUGUCUUCUGACAAAUAAACUGUACAUUUCGGUGUUCCUCAAGGUUCUGUUUUAGGACCAUUGCUGUUAUUCACUAUAUAUCUGUUGGUGAUGUAAUUUGGAAACAAAGCUAUGCGGACGAUACACAGCUGUACAUUUCGAUGAAACAUGGUGAAGCCCCAAAAUUGCCCUCCCUGGAAGCCUGUGUUUCAGAAAUAAGGAAGUAGAUGGCGGCACAUUUUUUACUUUUAAACUCGGACAAAAUAGAGAUGCUUGUUCUAGGUCCCAAGAAACAAAGAGAUCUUCUGUUGGAUCUGAUAAUUAAUCUUGAUGGUUGUAAAGUCGUCUCAAAUAAAACUGUGAAGGACCUCGGUGUUACUCUGGACCCUGAUCUCUCUUUUGACGAACACGUCAAGAAUAUUUCAAGGACAGCUUUUUUCCAUCUUCGUAACAUUGCAAAUAUCGAAAACUUUCUGUCCAAAAAUGAUGCAGAAAAAUGUAUCCAUUCUUUUGUCACUUCUAGAUUAGACUACUGCAAUGCUCUACUUUCUAGCUACUAGGAUAAAGCACUAAAUAAACCUCAGUUAGUGCUAAACACGGCUGCUAGAAUCAUGACUAGAACCCCAAAAUUUGAUCAUAUUACUCCAGUGCUAGCCUCUCUACACUGGCUUCCUGUCUUAACAGAGCUGAGCUAGAGCUGAUUUGAAGGUUUUACUCCUAACCUACAAAGCAUUACAUGGGCUUGCUCCUAUCUAUCUUAACGAUGUUGUCCUGCCGUACAUACCUACACGUACGCUACGGUCACAAGACGCAGUCAUCCUUACUGUCCCUAGAAUUUCUAAGCAAACAGCUGGAGGCAGGGCUUUCUCCUAUAGAGCUCCAUUUUUAUGGAAUGGUCUGCCGAUCCUUGUGAGAGGCGCAGACUCGGUCUCGCCCUUUAAGUCUUUAUUGAAUACUCAUCUCUUCAGUAGGUCCGAUGAUUGAGUGUAGUCUGGCCCAGGGGUGUGAAGGUUUACGGAAAGGCACUGGAGCGAUGAACCGCCCUUGCUGUCUCUGCCUGGCCAGUUCCCCUCUCUCCACUGGGAUUCUCUGACAUCAAACCCUAUUACGGGGGCUCAGUUACUGGCAUACUGGUGCUCUUCCAUGCCGUCCCUAGGUGGGAAGCGUCACUUGAGUGGGUUGAGUCACUGACGUGAUCUUCCUGACCGGGUUGGCGCCCCCCUCGGGAGUGGGGGGGAAGACUUCCAGUUUGGUGUAGCGCCAUUUGCGUUCCAAUUUUCUGGAAGCUUACUUCAGAGCUCGGGUAUUUUCUGUAUACCAGGGAGCUAGAUUCUUAUGACAAAUGUUUUUUGUUUUUGGGGUGCGACUGCAUCUAGGGUAUUACGCAAUAUUAAAUGUAGUACCUCAGUUAGGUGGUUCACUGAUUUUUGUUCUCUGACAUCCUUGGGUAGGUGGAGGGAGUCUGGAAGGGCAUCUAGGAAUCUUUGGGUUGUUCGAGAAUUUAUUGCACGGCUUUUGAUGAUCGUUGGUUGGGGUCUGAGCAGAUUAUUUGUUGUAAUUGCAAACGUAAUAAAAUGGUGGUCCGAUAGUCAUCAUAAGAACAUUAUGAUCCACAAUAUUUAUUCCACAGGACAGCCUUUUGGAGUGGGUCUGUGAAUUUUCCAUGUGAAUAUUACCUGCCAUGACUACAAGGUCCGAUAGGAAUUCAGGGAACUCAGUGAGGAACGCUGUAUACGGCGCAGGAGGCCUGUAAACAGUAGCUGUAAAAAGUGAUUGAGCAGGCUGCAUAGAUUUCAUGACUAGAAGCUCAAAAGAUAAAAACGCACUUUUCUUUUGUAAAUUUAAAUUGGCUAUCGUAAAUGUUAGCAACACCUCCACCUUUGCGGGAUGCGCAGAGGAUAUGGUCGCUAGUGUAACCAGGAGGAGAGGCCUCAUUUAACACCGUAAAUUCAUCAGGCACAAGCCAUGUUUCAGUCAGGCCAAUCACAUCAAGAUUAUGUUCACUGAUUAGUUCAUUGGCUAUAACUAUAACUAAAACCCAAAUGAGAUCUUGUAGAUACUGUUGCUAAAAUGUGUUCUUUCUCAGAUUUUUGAUGCCAUGCCUGUAGUCCUGAACCCUGAGCCCUGACUGAUUACAUAAAUAUGUCUUACAAUAAAUACAUAUUAUUUUGAAAGAAUAGCUGUGAAAGAAUUAGCAUAAAGGAAGGGACCCGUAAAUCUAGUCACAGUGGACAGAUAAGACACAUUUUAUUUGAUUUCUGCAUUGUUGGGGUUAGAGCUUGCAAGAAAUGCAUUUCACUGUACAUGAAACGUUUAAUACCAUGUGUAGACACAUUUAUGGAAAUGUGGGUACAAUCAGAAUGUAGACAAGAUCAGGACAAAGGACCUAUUUUAACACCAGGUAUAAACGGGGUCUCUUGAGUUUAAUGCAGUCAGAUUAUUUGCCACAUUUUGCCACCGAUCGUGGGCGUUUUUUCUCUGAGUGCCAUUCCAAAGCCCCUCCAUCUAAAAAAACAUGCCUCUGACCAUUAACGCAUGUGUUAAUCCAAAUGUUCUUCAAAUCAGUUUGCCUUUUUCUUCCACUUCAAAGACAUUUUCAGUGACAUUCACAUUUGUGUUACUUGGUGCUCUAUUCAAUCUGUAAAGCUGAAGCAUUACAGAUUCCGCCAUAGAAAUGUAAAGGUAAUUUCCGAUUGUGCACACAUUUACCGACGUUUACCAUGAAUGCAGUCUCUGCUAAAGCAGGAACAUUACCUUUAAAUUUAAAUCACGCUGUAAAGUUGAAUUUCACAGUGCAGAUUGAAUAGAGCCUUUGAUUAUAAUUCUGAUCUGCAUCAUUACUGUGUAUUUCCACAUAGCUGUCACAGUGUGAACUGAACGCAAUUGACUAACUUUUUCAAAGCUCUCAUCAUGCUUUUGUAAUGACAGUAAUUGCUUGAGUGGGCCGCCCCCAUUCGUUCCUUCUUGGGUGUUUUUGUAUGAUAUUGGAACAAGUGUACUGUGUUUCUGACCAUGUAUUUGUGGAGCAGGGUGUGUAUGUAAAAAGAGAGAGAGGGAGGCAAAGGAAAGGAAAUAUAUUUGGCGGGUGGGAGUUGGUUUUUGUUCUGACGAAUAACAACUAUCAACAAUAAAAAUGUAUUGAGACAAAGGG